GUCAGAAAACCCUAACUAUACGCGUCAAACUGUUUGAAUAUCUGGCAACCCUGUUUCAAACUCACGUUUCUAGUUUAGAAGGAAAUAUUAUCACCUCGUUCGGAUUAACAGGGUGGGUGAAGGAUAUCGCGCUGUGGCAAUGAACCUCAACUGCCAACGGGGACGCUGGAGCUCCAGGGCAAUUUUCCACCAAUGAUGGAGGAUAUAAACUAUGACCCUAAGGUUGCAGAGCUCUUGAACACUAGGGUGGGAAAGUACCUCACUGAGCACCCCUUCUUGGCACUGGUUGUUUUGGUGUUUGGUCUAACAGCCUCAGUGCCCAUUGGACUUUUCCUGGCAUUUGCUGCUGUUACCUUCAUCGCUGUUACAGUAUGCUUCAUCUUUGUUGAAAUUUUCUUGUUGAUGAUUGGAGGGACCACCUUGCUGUGUGUUCUCUUCUGCCUUGCUGUGGUGUCCUUCUGGGUCUCCUGUGUACUCAGUGCCUUGUACAUCGUAAUUUCACAUGUGCUGAACUUCUGUUUCAUUCACAGGACACCUGAAAACAACAUCUCUACUGGAGACAUGGAGACCAAAAAAACAGAGUGGUAACAAAGCAUGUACAUUGUAUGUACCUGGAGGCCUGCGAGAAUGCCUCUCUUCCCCUCCUCCAAAAACCUCAGGUAAACGAAAGAAUCAAUGGGCCUCAUUCACCAAUAUCUUCCUAAAUUCUUUCUUGAGAAAGAUCCUAAGGAAAAGUUACAUCAGAUUCAUGGUGUGUUCUUAAAGCGCAGAAUUGUUGGCACCUUUGUGCUCUUGAGUGUGUGUAAAUUCUGUUCUUACUUAAGAACAAAUCCUAAAUAAGAGAACAUUGGUGAAUUUCAGAAUCUUUGUGAAAACUGUGGAAGUGGGUUUUAAGAAGAAAUGUCUUAAGAAUGGUUGGUGAAUCAGGCCCAUUAUUAGCAGAGGCAACAAUCUGCAUUUCUUAUGGGACAAUGUAAUUGAAUGCUGCUGUCAAAGAUACUAUCCUUGUUACAUUUUCCUGAUUUACAUAUUGUUGCCAUCAGGACAAAAAAUUCCUUAUCUCCAAAAUGGUACCUUUACAAGAGAAGGAAAAAACCUUCUUAACUUUGAAAAGACAUGAAUGGAACAAGAUUUAUUUCCAAGUCAUUUUUGACCAUGUCUGUUGGUCAAAAACAACUUUAUUCAUCGAUUCGGAAAUUUUCACGUCGUCUUUUCAGAACACACAAAAUGCAUUAACUGCAACACUGUAUUUUUGCACUACAAUGAUAUAUCUAUGAAUGCCAGCUGUAUUUUCUUCUCAAGACUAUGGAAUUGAAUGGGAAAGAUUACUUAUGUUCUGGUACCUUUGUACAAAAGUCUGAAGUGGUUUUCAUACUUACCCUGUUUCUCCUGCAGGGUGGUUACAAUAGCAGUGCAGCAAACACUAUAUACCACCAUGACACUGUAUUACCUUAUAUUGCAUCAUACUUUCAAAGCCCCAUGAUACUUUUGAUGUUAACACUGUGAAAUGAUGUGGUCAUUAAUUCCAUUUGUGUCAUUUGGCCAAAUAGCAUUCGGAUUUCUAAAUCUCAUAUUGUGACACCACAGUGGACCUCUGCUGGUUAAAGAGGAUACUACUUCCAAAAUGCUUUGGGAUCACGGUUACAGACCAAAACAUAGUUUGAUAUAGUACUGUGUAUUCUUAUAUAUCAUGAAACUGUUUGUAACUGAAAGCUUCAGUAUAUAUAGAUCAUAUUGGUUAACUGACCAAUAUGAUCUAUAUAUUUCUCUAUAGUUCUAUUUUAAAAUAUAUAACCAGAAUAAGGUACUGUUUUGCAUUUCAAAACCUAAAAUUGCAUGGCAACGUAAA